UGAGGUUUUUGCAUCACAUGUAAAUUAGAUCGCAUAUCUAGAGGCCUACACGAUAUCCAACCAAAGUCUUGCCAAAAGGUCUUCUUGUCUGAAACAUUCGAUGCUAUGGUCCUUUUGACGUCACAAAUAAAAUGGCGUCAUCACACCCAUCGAACCUCACGUCGUCACCUCUAGACCAAGGACAUUCGGAUAAACUCAUUCACAAGCUGAUACUGACCCACGGGCAUAGCAAUCUGACCCCGAGGUCUACCACCAGGGGGGACAGCUCGAGUUCUCGGGGCUCUGACCACACCUCACUCGGGGACCAGCCCGGACACAGCGGCACGAGCUCUCCAUCAGAAGGGACCAGACGACACGCCCCCACCAGCCACAGAACGGGCGCCGAGAACCUGGGCGCCGAGAACCUGGGCGCCGAGAACCUAGGCUUUGACACCAGUGAGCUCCCUUUACACCCAGGACUUUUGGGUCACCACGAUGAAGAUGAAACAGCAUACGGGGAGUCGUUAAAUGAUGAAAAGGUCAUUAUUGAGAGACCUAUAUAUACUCAAAGGGAAUUUGAUGAGGGCCAUGAAGAAGUGCUACACGGUAAACACAGAGUGUCACGCUUUAUACGGUCACGGGUCAGCAAGUGUGAGUGCUCAUUUGCGUGUGUCCGCAGAUCUGUUGCUCACAGGCUGCCAUUCCUGGCCAUCAUGAGAGAUUAUAAUUUCAAGACGGAUCUAAUAGCAGAUGCCAUAGCUGGAUUAACUGUGGGCAUCAUGCACAUCCCUCAAGGGAUGGCCUAUAGUCAGCUGGCCACAUUACCCCCUGUCUAUGGCCUGUAUGCCUCCUUCUUCCCAGUCAUCCUGUACUUUUUCUUUGGGACAUCAAAACAUAUUUCACUUGGUACAUUCGCGGUGAUCUCCCUUAUGACAGGCUCCACUAUAACCAAGGGGAUAAAGGCCCGCAACCUGGUGCCAACAACAUUCAACAGAAGUGUGGAGGUAGGGGGCAAUGUAACCUUUGAACUCUCAAACAACUCAGAGGAGAUUCUGCACACAAAACUAAUGCUGGCCAUGUCAGUGACCUUCAUUGUUGGGGUUAUACAGUUACUGUUGGGUGUGCUGCGUCUAGGGUUCAUCACUGUCUACCUAUCCGACGCACUGAUCAGUGGCUUCACUACGGGAGCAGCAGUUCAUGUUUUUAUUAGUCAGAUCAGCUCCAUCUUUGGUAUUUCUACUGGAAAAUACAGCGGAGUUUUAAAGCUGGUAUAUGAGUGUAGGGAUAUCUUCCAGAAUUUACCUCAGUCAAAUGUCGUCACAUUCAUUGCCGCACUUAUUUGCAUGCUUCUGUUGUGGAUAGUCAAGGAGUACAUCAAUGGCAACACCAAGGUCAAGGCCAAGCUCAAGAUGCCAAUCCCCAUAGAACUUAUAGUGGUGGUUAUGGGAACGGUGGUGUCCUACUUAGUAAAACUAGAAGAAAAAUACAAGGUCAAGGUUGUUGGAGAAGUGCCAGUUGGUAUUCCACCCCCCAACCUGAACCCUUUCUCCUGCCUGUCUGAAGUUGUGUCAGAUGCCAUAGCCAUCGCCAUUGUGUCAUUUGCCAUCUCAGUCUCCAUGGCCAAGAUCUUCGCCAAUAAACACGACUACUUUGUUGAUGCCAACCAGGAGCUGUUGGCCUAUGGGAUAUGUAAUAUUGUGCCGUCAUUUUUUUCAUCUUUUGUGUCAACUGUGUCAAUGUCUCGGAGUUUGGUGCAAGAAGAGGUUGGAGGUAAAACUCAGGUGACUGGCCUGGUGUCCAGUGUUUUAUUGCUGGUGGUUUUGUUGGUCAUUGGCACCUACUUCAGGACACUGCCAAAUUGUGUGUUGGCGGCCAUUAUUAUGGUGUCUCUCAAAGGCAUGUUCAGACAAUUUUUACAGCUGAAAACUUUAUGGAAAAUUUCCUUGGUUGAUUUUGCGACAUGGAUUGUGGUAUUUUUAGGCACUGUAUUACUGGAUGUUGAUCUAGGUCUUCUUGUUGGGGUCAUGUUUGCUCUACUUACUGUUAUCUUGAAGUCACAAAGACCCCAUUCUUGUGUGAUGGGCCAAGUUCCUGGGACAGAUUUGUAUAAAAAUAUUUCAGUCUACCCCUCUGCCAAAGAAAUUCCAAACAUAAAAAUCUUUCGCUUUGAUUCCGCAAUAUUUUUUGCCAAUUCCGAGUUUUUUAAAACUUCCCUCUACAAACAUACGGUUGAUCCGUAUGAUCUUAAAAAACUGAGAAGAAAACUGAAACGACACAGAAAAAAGGAACAUGUGUAUAUUACAGAGAGCUCCAAUAGUGAGCUUCAAAGUGGUGAAACUGGCCACAGAACAAAUGACAUUCAUCUGACCAUUGGUCAUCCAGCUGACCACCAUUGUAUGCGUACAUCAACAGAGCCCAGCAGAUACAAACAGGCCACAGCUCUGUCUGACAUUGUCUACAUCAUUAUUGACUGCUCCAUGAUGAGUUACAUUGAUGCCAUGGGGGUCAAGGUCUUACAGCAGGUUGGGUAACUCUUUCUGACAAAGUUCCUUCCCCUCCUAUCAUGGUCUCAUCUCU